AUGGAAGCAGGAGAUGAGGACAGACCCCUCCUUCAUGUCCAUCCUUCUUCUCAGGGUGCAACUUCAGAAUAUACAAGAGAUGGAUCAGUUGAUAUCAACAAGCAGACGGCUCUCAAGCACAGCACAGGGAAAUGGAGGGCAUGCUUCCUCAUCCAGCUAGUUAUUAACUGCUUGAACAUCAUGGACUUAGGUGUUGAGUUCUGCGAGUGCAUGGCUUUCUUCACAAUCUCAAAGAAUUUGGUGACCUAUCUCACCACUGUUCUCCACGAAAGCAAAGUCACUGCAGCCAGGAAUUUGUCCGCCUGGGUCGGAGCUUGCUUCUUCACGCCACUUUUUGGGGGUUUCAUUGCAGACACUUACUGGGGGAGAUACUGGACGAUUGUCGUUUUCUUCCCACUUUAUGUGGUUGCAAUGGUCGUUCUCAUAGCCUCUGCAUCCCUUCCUAUAUUCUCAACAUCUUCUGACCAUGCCGGCAGCGUUCAUCGAGCAGUGGUUUACCUUGGAAUCUACCUCGCUGCCAUUGCCAGCGGUGGUGUCAAACCAUGCACGUCAGCCUUUGGGGCAGACCAAUUUGACACCAAUGACCAUGCAGAGCUGGUGACCAAGGGCUCCUUCUUCAGCUGGUACUUCUUCUUGAUCAGUACCAGCUCCCUGCUGUCUGGAACUGUGAUUGUUUGGCUGCAGGACAAUGUUGGGUGGGCAGUCAGCUACGUGAUACCAACAGUGCUCAUGCUCAUCUGUUUCCCGGCGUUUUUAGCUGGCUCGAGGGUAUAUAGGUUUCGGAAAAUGGGAGUAAGUCCUACGACGAGCAUACUUCAAGUGGUUGUUGCAGCUGUCAGGAAGUGGAAUAUCAAACUGCCGGAUGACAGCUCGCUUCUAUAUGAGCCGACCAGCUUGCCUUCUGGAACUGACGCAAGUUACAAAAUCGAGCAUACCAAUGAAUUCAGGUUCUUCGACAAGGCUGCUAUUGUAUCAGCUCCAUCGGACAGCGAAUCCACGGUGCCACUGUGCUCAUGGAGGCUCUGCACAGUGACACAGGUUGAGGAGCUGAAGAUGCUGCUGCGGAUGUCACCCAUCUGGGCAUCUUUCGUCAUCGUCUACACGGUCGAUGCGCAGAUGCCAUCGACGUUGGUUGAGCAGGGCAUGUUCAUGGACAACCGUGUUGGCUCCUUCACCAUCCCACCUGCGUCCAUGUCCACCAUCGGAGUGAUCAGUUGCCUGGUCUGGGUCCCCGUCUACGAAAUCGCACUGGUGCCACUCGCGCGACGCUUCACUGGCAAGGAAAAGGGCUUCUCCCAAGCACAGCGCCUCGGGAUCGGCCUAGCGCUGUCCACGCUCACCAUGGUGUACGCAGCGCUGCUCGAGACGAGGAGGCUAGCGGUCGCGGAGGCCAGCGGCCUGAGAAAUCAGGAUGCGCCUGUGCCAAUGAGCAUCCUGUGGCAGGCGCCCCUCUAUGUCGUCCACGGUGCAGCCCAGGUUUUUGCCGGCGUCGGCGCGACCGAGUUUUUCUACGACCAGUCCCCCGAGACCAUGAAGAGCCUGUGCGCGGCGCUCGGGCAGCUGGCACUAGCGUCCGCGUCCUACAUGAACUCACUCUUGCUCAGCAUUGUCGCAGUGGCCACAACACGCGCCGGGGCGCCUGGGUGGAUUCCAGAUAACCUGAACGAAGGCCACCUGGACUAUUUCUUCUGGAUGAUGGCCACUCUUAGCUUACUGAACGUGGCUCUGUUUGUGCGUUACUCAAUGAGGAAUACCGUGAAUAUGGCUUGUUGA